CCUUUUUAUGGUGCUAUACCCAUGCCCAUACCCAUAGGCAUAAUUAUAACCAAUUAUAACUGUAAUAAAAAAUUGUAGGAACAAAAUGAUUAUAAAAAAUAUGUACAGGGGAAUUAUUAUAAAUAUUUUCCUUGUUAUUGUUGAUAUAAUACGUAUGAGCAUGGGAAAUGAGUAUUAUGAAAUUCUUGGUGUAAGCAGAACAGCUGAUUUAAAAGAAAUUCGAAGGGCUUUCAAGAAAUUGGCAGUGACAGAACAUCCUGACAAAAAUAAUGAUGAUCCCAUAGCUCAUGAGAGAUUUAUUAAACUGACAAAAGCUUAUGAAAUAUUGAAAGAUCCAGUUUUAAGAAAAACCUAUGAUAACUAUGGAGAGGGUGGUCUUGAUAAUGCAAAUAGAGGAGGAACCCAUCAUUCUUGGAGUUACUAUGCAAAUAAUUUUGAAUUAUACGACGAUGAUCCCCAAGUUAUUAAGUUGGAUAAUAAUGAUUAUUUUGAAAAUGUUAUUAAUACAGAAAAAGCCUGGUUAGUAAAUUUUUAUUCUCCAAUGUGUAGUCAUUGCCAUACGCUUGCACCAGUUUGGAGAAAAAUUGCAGAAGAAUUUGAUGGGGUAGUUAGAAUAGGGGCUGUAAAUUGUGAAGAUGAAUGGCAACUUUGUCAUCAAAUUCGAAUACAGUCGUAUCCUACUUUAAUGUAUUAUCCAAAGUAUUCAAAAAAUGGAGUACGAUAUAGCGGAGAAAAGACGUACACUGGCAUUAUGAAUUUUAUUUUAAGUAAGUUGGAGGUUCAUAUACAAGAAGUGGACGAACCAUUGGAGAAUUUUAUUUUGCGCGGUAGUGACGGAACAACAAAAUGUAUGUUAAUAUUCGUUUGUGGUCUACAUCGAAACUGUUUUACGUCUUCCGACCGUCUCAAAAUUGCAGCGAUAUUUGAAAACGUGAUUGAUAUAAGGAUAGUUUCUUGUGAUCAAGAAAAAAAGUGCAAGAAUGUAGCAGAUUCGUAUGAUAUUAAUGCGAUUUAUUUGUCCGCGUCUAGUAAUAAUUCUUGGCGCGUUGUUCGUUUCAAAGAUAUAGAUAAACCUGAAGAAUUAAUGGAGAAAUUGUUGGAGCAUUUACCGGAGCCUAAGGAACUCGAUGCUGACGAAUUCUAUAAUAUCAAGAAACACUUGGAAGAAGGGAAAAUAUCUGAAUCUAGUUGGCUUUUAUAUUUUUAUAUCGGAAAGAUAAUCGAACUAGAUCCAAUGUUAAAAAAGCUUUCUAGUAGUAUUAAUGAUAUUAAGCUAGGUAAAAUUAACUGUGCCAGGCAUUCACGUAUUUGCAGCGUGCUUGGCAUAAAUCGUUACCCAAUGUGGGGUAUUCUUAAAUCAGGAGGAGCAUUCGAAUUGCACCACGGAAAGGAUGUGCCUAAUGAUAUUACUAAAUUUGUGUAUAGUAGUGUUAAAGCGGUAAAUGUAUGGGCGUUGAAUGAAGAGCAGAUAAUGUCCAUAUUGGACGGAAAAAAUGGAGCAUGGUUUCUCGAUUGGUACGCGCCAUGGUGUCCUCCUUGCAUGAGCUUUUUAAAAGAAGUUCGCAAAGCAUCGAUAGAAUUUGACAAGUCUGUAGUUCGCUUUGGGACUAUAGAUUGUACCGUACACUCGGCAAUUUGUCAGCGGCAAAACAUUCGUUCAUAUCCAACCGCGAUGCUUGUGAACGGAACCAAUGUUCAUAGAUUUUCAAUGCAGAAAACAGCUGCCAACGUUGUUCAAUUUAUUAGCGAACUACGAAAUCCUACAGUGAUACGACUAUCCUCGAAUAAUUUCAAAAAUCAACUUGGUCGAAGAAUGGGUAAGUUUAUUUGGAUUGUGGGAUUUUUCGCGCCUUGGUGCGCACCUUGUCAACGGCUAACGCCCGAAUAUAUUGCUGUUGCGAACUCUUUAUCCGCACUUCCUCUUGUAAAAGUGGCCAGUAUCGAUUGCGAAGCGGAAUCCGAUUUGUGUGCAUCUCAAGGAAUCCGUAGUUAUCCUACUAUAAGACUAUAUUCAAGUGAAAAUCAAGAUUUAACAAAGUUUUACUCGUAUAAUGGACAGCGAUAUUCGCUUCCGAUAUUAAAAUGGAUUGCACAGUUUCUUCCACGAAAAGUACGGGAUUUGAAUCCGUCGACUUUAAAGAAGGAGGUAUUAAACGAUAAAAAUGUAUGGGUCGUUGAUUUUUAUGCUCCAUGGUGUGAACAUUGCCAAAAACUUGAACCUCAGUUGGCCAUAGUAGCUCAACUGACGGAGAAAACAAUACAGUUUGGUCGCUUUAAUUGUGAAAUUUAUGUUACCGAGUGUGCCGAUGCUGGAAUUAGAUCAUAUCCAACAUUACUGGCAUAUAAUUCUCGGUAUAGUACAAGAAAGAUUAUGAACGGUUUUCCAAUUAAUGGAACAAUGGCGGAAAGUAUAAAACGUAGCGUUUCAGACUUUGUAGCCCGCAUUAAUCACGAUGAGUUAUAGUAUCUAUAGUUACAUACUCUUAUUGUUACGUAUCCGUAUGACGAACUCUCUAAAAGUAUUUUAUACACAUUAUCUUAAUUCUCUCACAUUUCGACUAAUUAGAGCGUAAUUAAACGUUCUCAAUCGUGCAUUUAGCUUUGUAUGCUACUUGAAGAGGUUUCUCUUCGUUUAUUUAAUUUUGUAUUUAAUAUAAACAAAAUAAAAAUUUACAAUUAA